GUUCUUGAGAGACAGUGAGGGAAGGCUGGCCAUCUGUUUUCUUCUCUUUAGAAUAUUCCCCACUUACAUCUGACUCUUUUCUGUCACUAUUUACUCAACCUCUCCCCCCACUUCCCUUGGCCUCCUCUAAUCCUCUCACUGAGAUUCUCUUCAACUUCUGCCUCCUGUUUCCUCCCUGCUUCCCAGCACCAGUGUCUGCCUUGGCUUUCUGGGCUUUCACAUCUCAGGUAGCCCCGCUGCUCCAUCAUGGCAGGCCAACAGCUGGCCAGCCAACUGCAGGAGGAUGUGACAUGCCCCAUCUGCAUGGAAAUUCUACAAGAACCUGUCACCAUUGACUGUGGGCACAACUUCUGCCUGCAGUGUAUCAGUCAGGUUGGGGAAACAUCAAAAAAUAUACAAUGUCCUCUCUGCAAACUCUCUGUGAGUAAGGAUACGUUCAGGCCCAAUAAGCUGCUGGCUAGUCUUGCAGAGAAGAUCCAGACUAUGGAUCCUGCUGACAUCCAACCAGAGAUGGAAUACUCAAGAUGUCAGAGGCACAAGGAAAAGCUACAUUACUUCUGCGAGCAGGACGGGGAGUUCCUCUGUGUGGUGUGUCGUGACUCCAAGGACCACAAAUCCCACAAUGUCACCUUGAUAGAUGAGGCUGCCCAGAAUUACAAGGUACAGAUUGAGUCACAGGCCCAGGAUUUGGAGCAAAAGGACAAGGAAAUAAUUGAAGAGAAAAAACGAGAUGAAGGGGCAAUCUGGGCGUUCAGGGCCCAGGUGGAUCUAGAGAAAAUAACGAUCAUUGAGAAAUUCAGGCUCCUGCGCCAGAGACUGGAUGAGGAAGAGAGUUUCCUCCUGUCCAGGCUGGACUGGCUGGAGCAUCAGGGAGCCAAGCAGUUGGGACAAUAUGUCACCGUGACAGAGAAGCAGCUGAACUCCCUAAGGGUGCUCACUAAGUCUUUGAAAAUAAGGCUGCAAUCAUCAUCCAUGGAGUUACUAAAGGACAUUAAAGACACCUUGAGCAGGAGUAAGGAAUUUCAGUUUCUCAAACCAACUCCAGUUCCUGUGGACCUGGAGAAAAAACGCAGUGAAGCAAAAGCAAGAAAUGAGUCCAUCAUAAAAACCCUGACAGAACUCAAAGACAACCUGAAGGCUGAAGGGAAGAAAGAUAAAGAAGCGUUCAUGAACAGCCUGAAUAAAAGCGAAAAGGAGAGCUGGAGCCUGUUACAGAAGAAUAACUCAAUGUUGCCUGCCUCAGUUCCUGUGACCCUGGACAAGGUCUCAGCUGAUGCAGACCUCACCUUUUCUCAGGAUCUAAAGAAAGUGACCUUGUACAUUGUGGGUGGAAAAGCUUCCAGUGGUCAGGCAAAACCUCGACCAUUCUACCCUUUCCACUGUGUGAGGGGUUCCCCAGGCCUCUCUUCAGGCCGCCAGGUGUGGGAAGCAGAAAUCCAGGGGCCCUCAGGUGGGGCAUGCAUAGUGGGUGUGGCUACAGAGUCAGCGAGAGGGUCCCAGAGUCAAAACUUCAGCACGCAGAGCUGCAUAUGGGCACUGCGGAUCUCACCCUCUGGAUGCCAGCCAUUCACCAACUGUAAAGCCCAAGAGCAUCUCCAGAUCUGUCUUAGGAAAGUGGGUGUCUACGUGAAUCAUGACUGUGGGGAGAUCGUCUUCUAUGAUGCCAUCACUGGCAAACACAUCUAUACUUUCCAAACUUCCUUUGACGGAAAGGUCUUCCCCCUUUUCGGGCUCCAAGUUGCCUGCAGCCAUAUCACCCUGAGCCCUUAGGGCUGCUCGUUUCUGGGUCCCUAGGUCUCUUCCCCACCUAUCCCUCAGGAUGGGAUGAGACAAAGUGAUAGGAGUGACGUGUAGCCUUACUCUGGCACCCUACACACACCUGAUGUUUCCUCUCCCUGCCUCCCCCGAGUAGAGAAGAUAGUGGAAUACCCUCAAAGACUAGACACAAGGUUUUUCAGCGCUGCACUUGGUAGCAUGACAUCAUGAAAGCCCUGCUGAGACACGGAUCCAAGGCGCUGUUCAACACUCUGGCUGCCGCUUUCUUCACUGUACUACCUGAAGCUCCUGUGACUCUCAUCCUUUCCUGAGAUUUGAGAACCAGAGGCUGUGCAGAGUCGGCCAAUUCCUUGCGGAUGCCCACUCUGUAGAUGAAGACAGUCUGCAAUCAGGAAUGCAACCCUUUGACAUUUCAAAGCAACGUUAUCCUCAACAGCUCUGUCUUCAAAUUAAAAACAAAAUUGUAAACCAC